GGUAUGGCCUUCCACUUGUGGUAUUAAGGCACGGCAAAUUGAAUCCGCUCUGGAAAAUGUGAACUUUAUUUCCCUGAUCCUGAAUUCGUCCGUGAAAUUGCUCAUGUCAUGUUGGCUUGAAGCUGGAAAACAUGCAACGUGGCGUUGCUUUCCGACUGCCGACAGGAUGACAGCAUCGUUCUAACCUCGACGCCCGAAGCUUCUUUUGGGACUGCAGUCCACUCUGGAUGCGACUGACGACAGAUGCAACGAAAGUGGAAUAACCGAUAUCCUGAAAACGGUGGAGGGAUCCAACUAUUAUCUCAUUUCCCUUGAUGCAAUUUACCUGGCGGAAGGCGAUUAUGGUCGAGAUCAACGACUGCACCGUUGACUAUCACAUCACCAAGAGAAAACUACGGGCAACUCAGCUCUCCCGGAUCAGCACGGCAAUCUAUUUCGAGUUGAUUGCCAAGUUCCACUCUACGAGUUAACUGUGUCGCUUUGACCCCACCACCUGCGAAUGUCAACAUUUAUUUCACGCAAGAAGCAUUACCGAUUUCUGCUACAAAGAAGUUGAAAAAAUUGGAUCGCUUCGAGGAAGUUGGCGACAGAACACCGGUCAAGACUUUUACUAGUUCCAUGUUUGAACACUGGAGCCCUGAGAAAUCUUUAUCAAAAGACUCAUCAGCUUCCAGCUGGAAUUAUCAAGAUACCAACGCUUGGGCGAACUUGCCAAAUUCAGCGUGCGGUGCUAAACAGCAAUCUCCAAUUGACAUCCGACCAAGAUUGAGUGAAAAGAAGGCGUUCUCAAAACUAUCGUUUGAAAACUACGGCAACAUUGACAAGAUGGGAUUAGUUAAUAGUGGAUCUUCCGUGGUGUACACCUUGCCAAGUACUUUUCCUAAGAACAGAGUGCCAUCCAUCAGUGGCGGUGGGUUGAACGACGUAUACAACUUCAUUCAGUUCCACUUACACUGGGGGGCCAACUCAGCUAAAGGCAGUGAACAUUUAAUGAAUUCUAAAAGCUAUCCAGCUGAGCUGCAUUUGGUCCAUUACAACACCAAAUAUGGAUCCUUUGCUGAAGCAACGAAGCAUUCUGACGGACUGGCGGUCUUGGGGAUUUUCAUAUCGGUAGGGCCCAACGAUAAUGAGUUUUUUCAGCCGCUUGUUGGACAGCUAGACGAGGUUAUCACGGCUCAAUCAGAAACCAUUUUAACGAACUUGGUUCCGUUCAAAAAUCUGCUGCCCAAACAAACCACGUCAUUUUAUCGCUACAGUGGCUCGCUGACUACUCCCAUCUGCAACGAGAUCGUAAUUUGGACGGUUUUUGACAACCCGAUUCAGAUUUCUGAGAAACAGUUGGCUAAAUUCAGGAAACUUGAAGAUAAUACAGCCAAGAGCCUAGUGGAUAAUUUCCGGCCUGCACAGCAGUUGAACGGCCGGAUUAAAUUUUAUCGGUCUUUCACCGGAUGCGAAAUCCCUCGAUCGUGGCCCAUCACUUCGACACCAUUCCUGGAUGCGUUCACAUGGACCACUUGCCUAAUCAAUUUUACCUUCUCGCCGUGGCAGUAAACAAAACGAACAUUUUUAUCGAUAUUAGAGCACACCGUCUUAUAGAUGAGGCGUAUAGAUUGCCAUUAUUUAAAAA